AUGCUGCGACUCUUUCGAUCCAUCAGCAGAGGGCGACGCGAAAAGAGCACCGACGCCCGCAGCAAUAACCAGAACCAGAACCAGGGCUGGUCGGCCUUCGCUUCACCCCCAGAACGAUCGCGAUAUCGUCGAGUCGCCCAGCACGCCGAGAUCGAUGACGCUUUCGACGAAGACGAAGACGACGACGACGAAUAUUCCCCCCGCCAUCACGCAAAUGGCGAUUACUUCGAUGGAAACGGCGGCGGCGGCGAGUACGAUGACAUUGACGAUGGAGACGGAGAAGAGGACGAAGACGCGGUAGAAACGCCACUGCUACCUAUCUUCUCGGCAGCACAUCUCGACAGGCUGCCUCUGUACAACAUAACACAUGCAAUCAGAUUGCUGAUUGUGCAAAAAUGCGAGACGACGUUGUCUUGGGACCAGCUGCGUAGUCCGCAGGUCAGUCAAUUCCUCGUCAAGCCCAUACAAGGCUCAAUCCGAGCGGAUCAUUUCAACAGAGCUACACUAUGUGCGCUGCUCGCGAAUUGCCUGCAGUUUCAGAAAGAGGGUCAGAUGAAUCCCGGCAAUGUGGGCGUGUCGAGAACGAGGGCACUUGUCAGCGAGCUUUUGGCAAUGCGUCUGCUGAGAGAAUUCUCCACCCGAGAAUUGAUCGAUUCGCUUUCAUACGACUUCGAUCCUCUACAGGGCAUGGUCGAUCCGGCGACAGCUGCGCCAGGACAAGCCGUUCGCAAUGCGAGAGCUCAAAGUAGGUUCGCGAGAGUGAGCACUAUUGAGAUUGCUAUUCGAGCAGAAGCAAAGCGCUUCCUCGCACACUCUUUGGUCGUGCAGCAUCUCGAAGCUAUCUGGGCCGGCAACAUUGUCUUCCACUCCGAAGCCGACAAUCUCCACAGGAAACAUCGCCAGUCUGAAGAAGAGCGACGAGGGCGUGCAGCGGGAUACGGGACUACGACAACGGCGAGCGACCUGCCAGCGGAUAAUGUUCUCUCUCGCAAAGGCCACGCUAGCAAGCUGCCAAGUAGGCGCUCGGAGACACCAGUAUCACGUCGGACCGUGACACUGUACAAUCCCAAGGAUGCAUCGCUUUUCAAGCUCAGCCGUCUACGUGUGCCUCGAUACAGGCAGAUCUUCAGCACUCUGAGCUUUGCCAUCAUGCUUGGCCUAUUCAUUGCUGUCUUGGUCGACAGAAGCUUGAACAUCACGCCAUUGGAAGUGGUCCUGUGGUUCUGGAGCAUCGGCUACAUGCUGGAUGAAGUGGUCGGAUUCACCGAACAAGGCUUCGGCUUGUACCUUCUAAGCUUCUGGAACGCCUUCGAUCUCGGCAUCCUCUUCUUCUUCGUCGUCUACUACUGCCUUCGCCUCUACGGAGUUGUGCUGGCAGAGUCGGGCAAGCACAGGAUUGCCGGCAUUGCAUACGACGUACUGGCUGCGAACGCAAUUCUCCUGUUCCCACGCCUCUUCAGUGUCCUCGACCACUAUCGCUAUUUCUCGCAGCUGCUCAUCGCCUUCCGCAUGAUGAUGCAGGAUCUGAUGGCCAUCCUGGUGCUGAUCGUGAUUUGCUGCUCCGGCUUCUUCGUCGCUCUUGCCUUGUCGUUUGCCGAGACGCGCGACGCGAGUGGCGUCGUGUACUCCCUGUUCCAAAUCUUGAUGGGCUUCACUCCGGCUGUGUGGGAUCACUGGGCUUCGUACAAUGUGCUCGGUCGCGCGAUUAUGGUCGUUUUCUUGACCAUCUGUCACUUCCUCGUCGUCACCAUCUUGAUCACUGUCAUGACUAAUAGCUUCAUGGCAAUUGUCAAGAAUGCGGAAGAGGAGCAUCAGUUUCUGUUUGCCGUCAACACCAUCUCCAUGGUCAAGUCUGAUGCAUUGUUCAGCUAUAUCCCGCCCUCGAACGUGUUCGGCUGGUUUCUCAGCCCGCUGCGAUACAUCAUACCACUCCGACAAUUCGUGAAGCUCAACCGCACAAUCAUCAAGGGAAGCCACUUCCCCAUCCUGUUCGUCAUUUUCUCCUACGAGCGCACCAUCAUGUCACGGACCGCGUAUGCACCUCUCGAUCUGAUUGAAAGGCAGUCGUCUCGCAAGACCCCAGCGGCUUUGAGCGGACACAAGCCAUCAGAGCCGUAUACGCCAGCACACCGGCUUCGAGAGCCAUCCGUCAUCAGCUUUCGGAAAGACCGAGCCUUAGAAGAAGUGUUCCGGCGACCUUUCAGAGGCGAUACCGUACGCACGACUACUCGAGAGAUGGCGAUUGAAGGGCGUAACUCAGUCACUGCUGUGGACCGGUGGAUGGCUGAAGCUGAUCAUGAGGGAGGUGCUAGCCCGCCCGAUGAGCAGCCCAGAAGCGUUCUUGAGCGGCUUGAGCAUCGCCGACCGAAAUUCAAGCGUGCCAAUACUGCAGAUCGACGAAGAGGAUUUGCCAAACAAUCGAGAGAUUUCUCCACGGCCACUCGAAGCAUCGCCAGUGAUCCCGACUUUAUGUCUGCGCAUAAGAGACCUUACAGAAUAGUCGAAGAAUCCGAAGACCCAAAAGCGAGCGUUGAGACCCUCCCUAUCGACACCGAAGCGGAUGGCGACGAUGAGAUUAAUGAUGAGUCGGAUAUAGGUGGGCCAGCUUUGGGCGAGAGCGCCAUAUCCAUCUCCAAUCGGACCCCGCACAGCGAGAGCGAGGCAGAGUAUUUCCAGACGCCGACUGGGCCUAAUAGUCCUAUAAUGCAACUGUCUCAUGCCGCCCAAGCCCGCCUGCGAUACUCGCCUGAAGUGACUCGUGGUCCUCAGUCGUCUUCGCCGAGCAAGUUCAAGGCAGUAGAGAGAUGCCAUCAUGAUCGACAAGCAUCGAGUGGAACCAUUCUCUUCGCGCCACAAGUUGACUACGACUCGUCCGUCUCAAACCAGCAGCCUCAGCAAGCCACUGGCUUCAAGAGGACAAGCGGUGCGACAACGCCCACGCCGAACUUGCUUGCGCCUGGCAAGCCUGGUACGCGGACUCCUAUCAGGAAGCCGACUCAGCAAGCGAAAGCACGACCCAUCAUGCCACCACGUGAAAAGACUGGGCCGAAUCUUACCAGCAUCGGCGGCAUGGCUUUCCUUGAUAUGCCUCGCCCGCGCCAAACGUCGUUCAAUGCACGAGCGUUGGAUCUUGCGAGCGAGAUUGGUGACAACAGACCGAAUAUCGACGCUGGCGGCAUCUCUGGCAUGCCUGCCUCAUUCUCGGAGCAAAUGAUGCGCGAGCGAGAGCUUCGUCGCAUGGCAGAAGAGGAGCGCCGGCGCAGCGAGGAGGAAGAAAAGGGCAUGGUCAAUCGCAUCAUGCUUGCUCGGAUGCAUACUCUUGAAGAGGGCUUCCGUGAAGUGCUCAAGGAGAUCAAAGAUAUGAGCCAG